AUGGUUGUUGGACUAGAGACUGGUGACACCCGGACCACGCUUUCGGGGCUCUACAUUGCUUCAAACGUGCUCGUGGCACAGUACUUUGAGAAGCGAAGGGCCACCGCCUGCAGCCUGAUGUUCGCCGCUGGUGGACUCAACACCAUCGUCUUUCCUCCCCUUAUCGAACUGUUCUACUCACACUAUGGCGUCCACGCAGCGUUCUUACUCUACGGAGCCAUCUUGAUGAACGCAUUUCCAUGCUGCGUCACUCUAAGAGACCCACCAUGUGACAUUGUCUGCCGAGCUCUCAGCGGCGUCAUCAUUGACUCCAAAAUUCUGUCCCUGGAGUCUGUGAUGCUCCUGGGGUAUCUUGCGCAAGGGGCCGCUUUCGAAAUGCUCGCGUGGUUUGGAACCUUCCACAUGAUGAUGAUCGCUUCGGCGCUGAUGGGCCUCACAUGCGGCUCAAAGAUCGCCCUUCAAGGACCCAUGAUUGCGAAAGACUUUGGUCUCAAGAAGCUUCCCGUCGUUAUGGGAGCAAUCUACUUCUGCAUUGGCGUAGCGUUGCUUCUGCGCCCAUCAGUCGUUGGAUACUUCCGAGACAGGCAUGGAUCCUACAGCUGUCUCCUUCACUCUACAGCCGCCGUCAAUGGUUUGCUGGUGGUCAUCUGGAUUCUGAAGCUGCGUAACGGCAAGAACCCGGUAACGCCAACAGAGGCAAAUCUACGCUCGGAGGAACUUUGA